GUCAUACCCGAGAUUGUCCAAGAUGAAUCAAACGCGACCAAUGAACAAACAGUGAUGCGCAGCUUCAUGUCAGGAAGACUAGGCUGCCGAAGCGGUCUGAAAACUUCCCACGAAUACUAAACUUGCUGCAUACGGUGUAGGCGUCCACCUCUACUCCGUCCUGCGGGGAUAACAUUAUCUCACGGUCUACCUUGUUCAUCUUCGAACUUCAAUUAUCGUGGCGAGUCCAACUGCGAAGAAUGUACGAUUAAAGAACAAUUAUCAUCGAGCCUCGUCGAAGACACGGUAGAUGCGAAGUGGGUUCGCUUGGUAAAGGCUGGUUUCGCCAGGAGUUUCAGCAGAUGUCUGCUGCGACCCUGGCCAGCGGCAAAGCAGCGCCCGUAACGAACAUGAAAUUCGACCCUGCCCAUGAAGAAGACGCAACUAACCAUUCCGGAGCAAAGCCUCGCGUGAAGCGACUGCACUCGAAAGUUCGCAGCGGCUGUACGACUUGUAAAACACGGAGAAUCAAAUGCGAUGAAAGCAAACCAAAGUGCCAAAGAUGUUUGCAGAGUAAUCGCGAAUGCCUAGAUUAUGACAUUCCUAAGGCUCGGAUAUUCGAAGCAUCGAAAUCGGGUCGACCUGUGCUCGCUCUUGCUUCCAAGAACGCCUUCAAUUCCGUGUCUGGUCUGCCGACAAACCAGCCGCUCUCAUAUCAUUUGAGCCCACGACUGGCAGGACAUGUGCACGUUUUGUUCGCGGACAAGUAUGAAGAACGACGCAGUCUGGAUUUCUGGUUGUCGACGACUGGCCCGACGAUGGCCAAUAUUGGCCCCAAUUACACUUUUUGGAACACACUGAUCCCCCAGAUGGCGUGGCAGUAUCCGGUUUGCAGGCAUUUACUGGUAGCGAUGGCGCUGCUGGACGAGGAGCUUGGAGUGUAUCGUACGGGGAUCAGGUCCAAACUCUCGCCCGUGGCGAUCUUGCACUACUAUAAAGCGAUCAAGAUGAUGACGGUGAGCAGUCAACGCGACACGACAUCUAUGUUAGUGGCAUCUUUGAUGGCUUGGGUUUAUGAGGCAUUACAAGGCAAGUAUCCGGCAAGCUUGCCUGCUGCCGAAGUACACGUUAAGGGAACUCUACGAUUAUGGGCGACACUCCGCUCCGGAUGCCUGGGUUCAAAUGGUUUCCUCAAAGACCUUUUGGCGCAAAUCGAGCCGGUCAUACGCUUGAUUGGAUCGUAUACAGAAGUCAGGUUCGAUGAUGAGAUCGCGUCAUAUCUUCUCACCGAACCCUCCAGCAACAUACCUCGAAAUACUGUCCGAGUUAGGGAGGUACAAAAGGCGCCGACUGUCCACUUGCAGUCCCUUGCUGAGGCAAGAGAGAUGCUGAAACAUCGGGUCCAAGACUUUACUUCUUUGGACUGUGUGACAGAAGGUGCUGCCUUGGAGCAACGGCUGUACAUCAAAAGCUGGAGUAGAAGUGUCCGCGAGCACUGCAGCAUUGGCCUUGAGUCCAAUCUGCACAAACAAGCUGUUCAGAUCUUGUUCAACGUGGCAAUGGCUUUGCUACCCGAGAGUGUUGGGGGCGCCUUCAGUCAUGCGGCGAAUCCGGUGGCUGUGGGAAGCAUACUGGAUGCAUAUGAGCGCAUCAUGCGUGAAUGGAAGAAUGAUCGGCCCAUUGACGAUGCGGAUAUCGAGCUGACGCUGCUCGCGGCGUUUGAAAUGAUCAGGGUUCACAUUCGAGACCGGGCAUAUCGACAACGAGCAGACGGACUUCUCUCAGAGUUGCAAAGAGACGCCCAGCAUUCCCGAGAAUUACAGGCAGUCUUUAUGCCUGCAUUAUUCUGAUUGCAAUCCGCAUACCUUGUGCUCAGCUGUAGGAUGCAUUACCGCCAUGGGCGUCGUCACGGAAGGCUGGCGUCUAAGGACUCGAAGGAAACCCUACGACCUCAUCGAAGACGGGGCAAUAUACCUCAUAAAUGUUGUAGCAGGAAGAAUAGCAAGUCAAAGAAGAUGUCGGCUUUAAGCUCCGGCACAUUACAUUGUCAUCCUCAAACACCGUAUCUCGGACUUGUGCGAC